AUGGCUGAUGAGAAGAAAGCACAGCAAACCUCCAAGAAGGGCGCGAAGAAAAUCAUUAAGAAGGCGCCACCGAAGGGCGGUAAGAAGAGGAAGCGGUCCAGGAAAGAAAGUUACUCCAUCUACAUCUACAAAGUGAUGAAGCAGGUUCACCCCGACACUGGCAUCUCCUCCAAGGCCAUGAGCAUCAUGAACUCUUUCGUCAACGAUAUUUUCGAGCGCAUCGCGGGGGAGGCUUCCCGCCUGGCCCAUUACAACAAGCGCAGCACCAUCAGCUCCCGGGAGAUCCAGACCGCCGUGCGGCUGCUGCUGCCCGGGGAGCUGGCCAAGCACGCCGUGUCGGAGGGCACAAAGGCGGUGACCAAGUACACCAGCUCCAAGUGAAGGACCGCACUGCACUGAAACAAACACAUCCACAACCCAAAGGCUCUUAUAAGAGCCACCCACAACCUUCUUGAGACAGCGGAACCAUUUCUUUAA